UCAUCCUUUCGCCGCCCCACCGUCCGCUAUAGUAUAUAUCCACGCUGCCCAUCCACCAGGCCACACAGCAUCGUCAGUGAAUCACCAUCACGCAUCAUGAAAGCCUACGUAGCGUGCAUAGCCCUUGCGCUGGUCGCGUGCGCCCGCGCCGAGCCCCCAUCCGGCUACAGCUACAGCCGCCCGUCCGGCGGUUUUAGCGGUGGCUUCAGCGGAGGCCUGAGCGGCGGUGGCGGCUACCGCGCCGUCUCCUCCGGCUACCAGACCUCCGAAGGACAACACGUCGACCCCGUGCUCCUCGAGCAAGUCCGCCAGAUCCUGCUUAAAGAAGAAGCCUCAGCUUCGUCCGGUUUCGGUGGUGGCAUCAGCGCUCCCUCUUCCUCAUACGGAGUACCCUCAUCUUCCUACGGCGUGCCAUCAUCCAGCUACGGAGUGCCCUCUGCCCGCGUUGUCGGCCUCACUCUUGAGGGAGUCCGUCAAGCCAUCCAGGUCGCGCAAUACGAGCAAUCCGCCUUCGGUGGUGGCCACGGAGGAUACCCCGCUCGCGUUCCCUCGGGAAGCUACGGCGCCCCCUACUAAGCUGAUUUGGAAAUCCGGACUGUCAAGCGAGUCCAGCAACUGCAAGCCCACGUUAACCGUCAACCGCAAUAUAUUUUAUCACGGCAACACUGGAUGUAGCUUCAAAUCAUAAGUUCGGAUGGUCGACGUUAUUCGGGUUCCUUUACGCCAUCUCUGGGGAUACCCGAAUGUUUUAAAAAAUCGGUCGGCAGCCACGUACAAUGUAGGUGAUGUCGGCAGUGGCCGUGCUAUCACCGCCUCCUCGGCCAACGCCUGCGACUGUGCACGCACUCGGGUGGGACUGCCCCAGCGGCCAGCCAGUCGCCAAUCUGACAGCUGUCACAACUGUCACUCUGACAACAACAACUGUCGCGUUGACAGAUUUGACAGACGUCAAAGCGAAGUGGCUCGCCGCUGGGUUUGACUCAUGUCUUGUAUAAAGUUUAAUAUAAGACUAGUUUAAUUUUUGUAUAUUAUAUUAAGUUUUGUUAAUGUUAUUAUUUACAAAAAAAUAAAUACAUUUGGACACCGUA